UUGCAGUCGUCUUUGACUUUGAAACAUGGCUGCGAUCGUGAAAGUAGCAUAGUCUCAGAAGUCUGCAACAUUUAGUUCUCGAACUGCAUUAUCAUUUCCCAGAGAGCUGCCGUGCACAGAUUUGACCGAGCAUGUCAGAUAAAGAGGCCGGUAAAGGGAAGGACAGUACCGGGGAGAAAGGUUACAGGACUCCCGGGCUGAGGGGUGCACAGACCACCACACUGUUCCGAGCUGUCAACCCUGAACUCUUCAUUAAGCCUAAUAAACCGGUGAUGGUGUUUGGACUAGUGACUAUCACUUUGUGCGUGGGCUACCUUGGCUACCUGCACGCAAUGAAAGAAAACGACCAGCAGUUAUACGAGGCCAUCGACAGUGAAGGGGAGAGAUACAUGAGGAGGAAGACUUCCAAAUGGGACUGAUGGCACAACAUGUUCUAUAACACUCAGUCAGUGUGUGUGCAUUUAUGUAUUGUAAGGACAGAGGGAAUUAAAACCUUGCUGGAUUGAA